AUGGAAAAAUUACAAUAUAUUAUUAUUGGUGCAGCAAUUGGCUUUGCAUUAUUAGUUACAAUUAUUGUUAUAAUUAUCAAACUAAGAGGAAAAGAAAAGUAUAGAGAACCACUUUUACCAAGAGAAAAAGGAAAUGUUUUUGUUUAUAAAAGAGAUGAAUCACAUCAAAUUAAAGAGGAUCAAGUUGUAAUGAAUGCUAGACUUUACUUAAGAUCUACAAUUUAUAGUUUACAAGAUAGAAUUCAAAGAUUUGGAAGUAGAUUGGAUAAAGAGUAUUUUAGUAUUUUAGGUAAUUCAUUAAAUAAAAUCGAAAAUGAUAGAGUGAUGUCCAUGGUCCCAGUUUCAAAACAAUGGCCAGUUCCUUUAUCUACAGAAGUUGGUAGAGCAACAUUUAGAAGUAUCAUUAAAUCAUUAGAAGUUCACCCAUUUAUCAGUGUACCUUUAUUGGUUGAUAUUAUUCCAGAAAAGAAUUUAGCAGUCUCAGUAAGACCAUUUUAUUCAAAAGGUUCAUUAAGAGAUUAUAUUCAUCAAUCAAAACCAAAGAUGCCAUAUGCUGAUAAAUACGACACUCAUUUUCAAUUAAACGAAAAAAUUAUAUCAAAGUUUGGUAAACAAAUAUUAGAAGCUUUAAUUUUUUUAAAAAAUAAUAAUUUCCCAUAUUUUCAUUUAAAUGCUUCAAAUGUUUUAUUGGAUGAUCAAGUUUGUUUAUUAAGUGAUUAUGAAAAUGCAUUUUUAGGUUUAGAGCCAAGAUUAUCAGAUUAUAUUAGACAAUUUUCAGAUAAAAUCGAUCCAGAUGUUUUAUCAUUUGGUUGUUUAUUAUUUGAAAUGGCUUGUG